AUGGGGAAGGUUGUGGACCGGAGGCGAGAAUUCUCUGAGCUCCUGGAAAAAUAUGGCUCUCACAGCAACACAGGCUCAGCACGCAGUUCACCUGUUCUCCAUGGCGGGAGUAGAUAUUUGGAAAGCACAUCCUCGGGGUCUUCAUCUCGUUCCCAGAGUCCUUUGUUGUUGAGCCCAGCAAAUUCCCAUGGACCACUGAUAGGAAAUCCAGGGCAUUCACUGCACACAGUCUCCCAUUGCUCCAUUGACUCUGGGAUCCAGAGCAUCACGAUAGCAAAAUCCUCUGGCUUGGGACUGACCAUCGGUGGAGGGGCCAACAGACCAGAUGGACCCAUGGUGUAUGUCCAAGAGCUACAACCAGAAGGCGACUGCUACAGGGAUGGGCGUCUGAGGGUAGGUGACCAGCUCAUUGCAAUCAAUAAAGACUCACUAGUGGGUGCUACGCAUGAAGAGGCCAAAAGGAUACUGGCAAAAACCAAAUUCAGACAUGAGGGAAACACUGAAGUGGCCUUCAUUCCUGGACGGGGGCGGUUGCACCCAGGAGUCUCAACUCACAACAGCAUCCAUUCCUCGCCUACCAAAGCCAUUGGGAAUGGUCUGGGUUCUUCCCGGUUGAAAGUUCAUGUACGGUCCCCCGAGAGCAGACAUGACAGUCCCUUUCCAGUGCCUUCUCCAUCACCAGAUAUCUGCCCACCAGAACUCACCAUAUCUGGUAAGGAGUUUUUCUUCCGUUCCUUAUAUCCAUGAUGAUGUGUUGGGUUAAACUUGAGUUUAGACGCAGCCAGUGAC